CCCUACAGGACAAUGCAUACCACCGACUGCCGACUGUAAACACAGGGGAUGUGUGUUCCCGGAGCGCGGACUUCGGGGCGGGGCCGGGGAAGGGCGGUCUGCAGUUUUAUUGAAUAGAGCAGUGUGUGCCGCGCUGCCGGCCCGCCUGCCCUCUCGCUGUGCUCCCGCGGAAAGAAGUCGGUCCUUCCUCUCCCGCUCGGUCCCCGGGAAGAAGCUGCAGCCUAGGAGGUAUCAUUAAAACAUUCCAAGUUCACCCAAUCCAAUUCCACAGGGAUUGGUGAUCAACAAGAAGGCUCAGACGUGGAUAUCUGAUUGCUUAACCAUCCAGACAUCAUCUGGUCUCCCUAAACCUGAAACCACACCAUGGAUGAUUUUGAACGUCGCAGGGAACUGAGGAGGCAAAAGCGGGAAGAGAUGCGCCUGGAAGCAGAAAGAAUCGCCUACCAGAGGAAUGACGAUGAUGAGGAAGAGGCCGCCCGGGAACGGCGCCGGCGAGCCCGACAGGAAAGGCUGCGGCAGAAGCAAGAGGAAGAAUCCUUGGGGCAGGUGACCGACCAGGUGGAGGUUCACGCCCAGAACAGGUACUGUCCUCUUCAGAAUGGAAAAUGUCUGAGUUGCUUCUUAGCCUGUCUGAUGAAUGGAAUGUACUGGAUCAAAGAUGAGAAGAUUAAAAAGGACAAAGAGCCCAGAGAAGAAGUGAAGAGCUUCCUGGAUGGAAAGAAGGGGUUUACAGAAGUGAAGUCGCAGAAUGGAGAAUUCAUGACCCACAAGCUUAAACACACCGAGAAUACCUUCAGCCGCUCUGGAGGGAGGGCCAGCGAGGCCAAGGAGGCGGAAGGGGCUCCCCAAGUGGAGGCUGGCAAGCGCCUGGAAGAGCUGCGCCGCCGUCGUGGGGAAACUGAGAGCGAAGAGUUCGAGAAGCUCAAACAGAAGCAACAAGAGGCAGCCCUGGAGCUGGAGGAGCUGAAGAAAAAGAGGGAGGAGCGAAGGAAGGUCCUGGAGGAGGAAGAGCAGAGGAGGAAGCAGGAGGAAGCAGAGCGAAAAGUCAGAGAGGAGGAAGAGAAGAGGCGGCUAAAGGAGGAGAUUGAAAGGCGAAGGGCAGAAGCUGCUGAGAAACGGCAGAAGAUGCCAGAAGAUGGCUUAGCCGAGGACAAGAAACCUUUCAAAUGUUUCACUCCCAAAGGUUCAUCUCUCAAGAUAGAAGAGCGAGCAGAAUUUUUGAAUAAGUCUGUGCAGAAAAGUGGUGUCAAAUCAACUCAUCAAGCGGCUGUUGUUUCCAAGAUUGACAGCAGACUGGAGCAAUACACCAGUGCCAUUGAGGGGACAAAAGCUGCAAAACCCACGAAGCCAGCAGCCUCGGACCUUCCUGUGCCUGCGGAGGGCGUCCGCAAUAUCAAGAGCAUGUGGGAGAAAGGGAAUGUGUUCUCAUCCCCCACCGCGUCAGGCACGCCAAACAAGGAAACUGCUGGCUUGAAGGUGGGGGUUUCCAGCCGCAUCAAUGAAUGGCUAACUAAGACCCCAGACGGGAACAGGUCACCUGCUCCCAAACCGUCGGAUUUGAGGCCAGGAGACGUAUCUGGCAAGCGGAACCUCUGGGAAAAGCAAUCCGUGGAUAAGGUCACAACCCCUGCCAAGGUGUGAGACCGUUCAAGAAAGAAGCCAGAGUAGCCACUCAACAUGCUGGACCAGCUCAGCUGAAGAGGGUUAAUGUGCUCUGUUCUAUAUUUAUGUUGAUUUACUAAAUUGGGUUAAUUUCCUUUUGUUUUAUUUUUCAUUAUCCCAGUAAACCCAUGUAUAUUUUCACUAUAUUUAAUAAUCACAGUCUAGAGAAGUUCAUGGUAAAAGUACUGCCUUUGCACAGGAGCCUGUUUCUAAAGAAACCCAUGCUGUGAAAUAGAGACUUUCUACUGAUCAUCCUAACUCUGAACGGUGACACCAACCACGUCGGAAGUCGAGCAGGAGGAGGUUCAAGCUGAAAAUUUGCCUGAGGAAUGUGUGCAGUGUCCAGAAAAACAAACCAUAGUGGGGUUUGGGGUUUUGUUUUUUGUUUUUUGUUUUACAUACAGAAGUCAUGUUGUUUCUGCACUUUAGAAUAAAGCAUGGAAGAAAUGAUCUCAGUAGGCAAUUGUAACACUUUCUGAAAGUAAUGCAUUCAGAUUUGAGAUUCUGCAAUGAUUGUCUUUUUUUAAAAAUGUACUGUUAAGGUAUUACUUUUUUCAUGCUGAUGAUUAUCUAAAUUGGAUGAUGAUGUUAGAAGACAGUGGUACUGAUAUCUUUAGGUUGGUUGCUUUGUGGAUUUCUUUGGUAGUGAUAGUGAACCACAUUUUAGAUGACCUGAUCAUGUAUGUAUGUGCAUACACGUAUACAAACACACUAAUGGUAGAAAGCUUCUUUUAUGUGCUAGACUAUUAUAUUUAGCAGUAUGUCCUUGUAACUAGCCAAUAUCACAGCUUUUCAAAAAUUAAAAAUCACAUUAUAUUAAUAUUCAUAUUUGCCAAUAGAGACAUGGCAGAAUAGGUAUCAAUAUAUCUUCAAUGCCCAAUAGAUAAACUGUAAGAAAAAAAGAGAGAUUUGAAAUGUCAAAAUGAAUUGACAUUUUCUAUAAAGCAUAGUAUUUAGCUUAUAAUGAAAAGCAAUCUUGAAGUCCAAUGUGAAUUUUACUACCAUCUGGAUCAAACUCAAAGCUUGCUGAGAACUUUAUUUUGUUAGCAAUCAAGUUCACAAUCGGUUGGCUUCGAGGAUAUCUGAGGUCUCUUCUUUGUCUAAAAUUUAAAGACGAGGAUUUUAGUGACAAGAUUGUCCAGAUUGAAAUUCCACGUGUGGGUAUGCAAAGACCAGCUUUGGCUAAUGUCUGGAAGCAGAGAAGAGAAGUAAGCAAAUUCCAAUAUUUAAGAGUCAUGAUAGUCCUUCAUCUUUAUUAUACGAAACCAUUUUUUAAAUUAAAAGUUUCUACUUUUAUUAGUCAUUGGUACUUGUCAUAAGUUGAUAAUGUAUUGAACUUUCAAAAAAUAUAUGUAACUUUUAGUAGUUUUACUAUUUUCCCCAAGAGUCUUUAUCAAAUCAUCUUUUUUUAUACACGUAAUCUAGACAUCAGAUCUUACUUUAGCUUAUAAGUGUUCAUCUGUUCUUCACAAUAGAUGAUAAAAGAGUACUCCUCUGUCUUGGCAAUAUGUUUUAGCAUAGAGAUAUAUAGGAUAGUUCUAUAAACUUAUACCUCAUUUGACUUAACCAAAAGUGUCCUACUCUCAAUUUCUACCACAAUGAGGGAGCCUCACAAAUGACUAUUUUCUAACCUACAGUAUUUCCCUGGAGGAGCCGGCCAGGACAGGGCUGACAUGAGCAGUGACUACUGCCUUGCGGAGUCUGUUUUUUUCAAAAAUCAGUAAAGAGUAGCUGAAUUCUCUAGCUUUUAGCACACCUGGGCCAAAGGAAGGAAAACCACCAAGAUCACACACAUCAUCCACCCGUGACAGAAUAGAUAUGAGUCUAUGAUAAGAUAAUCUAGAACCCACAUGUAGUGCCUCAUUUAGCAUUGACUCCCAUCACUGGAGUGACAUGGAUCGAAGUUUGAAUUAAGGCCCAUGGCGAUAUAACAUUGCUUUGUUGUACUUUUGAACAAGAGCUUCUGAUCACUAGUAUAUAUAUUUGUUUCUAGAAAGUCUAAAGUUGAGAAGAGAAUAUAUCGAUCCUGACUUUUAUUCCGAUAUUUGGAUGGAAUAAGUUUUAGGGUAGAAUUUUGUUCAGUUCGGAUUUAAUCUUUUGAAAAAAAUAAAUUCCAUUGUUUACUUGUCUGAUUACAAUUCUCUGUGUUAUCUUUAAGAGGUAAAACUGCAAGGUGACUAGCAUGUUCUGUGAAUCUGCCAUUCCUAAAAAUUUUAUAAACACUUGAUGUUUUUCACUGAUAACUGAUCGCUGCAAUAAGUAUAUAUUGUGAAAAUGCAUCCACAAUAAAUGGAAUUCCUCCAAAUGC